AUGAGUAAGUUUUUGUUUGGGGUAUUCGAUCUGGUGAAGACUGAGUACAGGAAUGCUAUGCUUUUAGGGGAUAUGUAUAUCUCCGGACUAAUGACUCAUGCUCAGCAGGUUGAGGGAGAUAAGCUUAGGGAAUUGCCUAAGAAUAAUAAAAAGGCCAUAACAGGAAACUAUGAAUACUCACAACAAAAGUCGGACGAUGGGAAUUGCUCACAGUUUCAGCAGAGGUCUACAUCCCCAGCACCUUCAUCAGCUAGUGCCCCAUCCUCUAGGUUUCAAUUGGAUCAGAAAGGUAGGGCAUUAGGCUGUAGGUCUCACAGGAAUGCUUCAGGCAACAACAAUACGGCUCAGUCUACAGCACCAGUAGGUCAUCCAACGCAGCAAGGUACUUCAUCUGGUACAAGUGGCGGUCAGUGCCAGAACAAGUUGUAUGCUCUUCAGGCUAGCCAGGACCAUGAAGAUUCUCCUGAUAUAGUUACUGAGUAUGUUGCUUUCCUUGGUCAUGUGUUAUCCAGUGAAGGGAUUCGAGUGGAUUCUAAGAAAUUGGAGGCAACUAGGUUGACUACAGCUCCGGCCUUGUCUCUACCAGAUGGUUCAGACGGUUAUGUGAUUUAUUAUGAUGCAUCCAAGGUUGUGUGCUGA